AUGGGUGUGCUCAGAGUGCGCUCUGGGCGAUCAUAAACUCAGAGCGCUGUCAGAUUGUCAGUUACUACAUUCAGAGCGCACACUAGACGCUUUGGCCAAGGAGUAGGGUUGAUCCUAGCAUUCUGACCUCACAACUGCAGUCAAGCUAACUGGCUAACGUUGGCUAGCUAACGUACUUCCAGACACAAAUGAGAGAACACCUCAGUGUGACCAUGUUACUCAGCCUGUCGGAGCUGGUUAGGCUUUUUUCAUGUUAUCCAGGGCGUUGGUGACUGUAACUGUACUGCUGGCAUCAAUUUCGUUACGCCAACGUUUACUGACACCGGCCUUACUCAACCGGUGUUGAGCGUUCGUAAAGUCAUCAGUUAUUCUGCGCUCACGCACACUCAGACAAGAGUGCUCUGAAAUCGGAGAAGAUAGCCAGAGUGAUUUUACGAACGCAACCUAUGUAUCAUUCAUGCUCUUCACUCUCUGAGCCAUUGCCCGUAUUAUACGUGAAGUUCUGUGCACGUGGAUUGGAGUUACUAUGGUAACAACAAGUAGCUAACAUUAGUGUUUAUGUAUCCACGGCUAGCUACUAGCCAACAAUCCUGCCUCCUAUCUACAAUGGCUGAAAUGUCUGCUAUGACUAGAAAAUGUAUUCAGAAUCUCGCUGAAACUCUUUCUAAACACGUCAAACACUGUACGUUUGAGUUUUGAUAGCUAACGUUAGUUGUCAGAGUCUACGUUGCGUCCUGAGAUAGCUAUGUUACAGUAACGUUUCGCAGAACUUCUAAAAAUAAAAGCUAGCUAGCCAACUAACGGUUACCUAGUUUCUACUUCUCUGCAUUUAUCUAGCUACAGUAGCUAUAUAUCUAAUAACAAAACGUGCAAACAAAAGAAAAGUUAAUAGCUAGCUAUUGUUGUCUAGCUCCUCCAACCAAAACUCACCUUCCAUUGAACGUGUUGGCACCACUGUUUACGUGACAGAUGGGGGCGCUAUAAUCUUGCUUUGUUGAGAUCAUGUCAAAGUAUGUCCUGUGUUGAUGCAAAUUAAUAAAAGCAUAUAUCAGUCUAUGUAAAUUGAAAUGAUGCAUAUGGAAGCAGUACUAACUAAACAGAAACGGAGUGUCUGAUCCGACUAUUCAAUGGACUCCUGGGGGAUCAGAGUGACAGGAGGGUAGUGGGAAAUUCAGGAAUAUUCUGCACAACACCUUUGGAAUGACUGAUGAUAUGAUCAUGGAUAGAGGUAGGUGUGUCUCUUUUGUCACAUAAAACAGAAUGUAAGCAUCAAAUAAAGUAUGAUACUGAUGUGGUAAGGCAUCACAAAAAAAAUGGUAUUAUAUUCCAGUCUUUUGCGCAUUUGACAAGGACAACGACAGCUACGUCAGUGUGAGUGGAUCGAGGGACUAUCAGUCUUUCUCCAUGGGACAUUGGAUGAAAAAAUAAAGUUUAAGAAAGCUAUAAAGUGUAUCAUGUAGGCUUUUUGACUGUUACCUACGAUAUUACUACCCAUGUAUUGACUCUGCCCCCCAUUUGGUUUUCACAGCUUUGAUGUGUAUGACUUGGGUACAUUUCCCGGGAAUAGAUGUUCCACAUGCUGAAGAACAGCCUGAUCAGACAGCCCACAGAGGAGGACCCAGACGAGGGCAUCAAAGACCUGGUGGUGAUCACGCUCAAGAAGAUGGAUCAUGACAGCAGACUGUCCUAUGCAGACUUUGAAAAGGCAGUGAGAGAUGAGAAUCUAUUGCUUGAGGCUUUUGGAACCUGCCUUCACGAUGCCAAGAGCAUAUUGGCAUUUGAGCAGCAUGCAUUCCAGGAUCCACUUGAGCGUUAAGGACAUCACUAAGUUAUUCAUAACACCAUUUUUUAUUUUUUAUAAACAAAAAUCUGCUCAUACACUGAUGGGAAAUGUAUAAAUAAAACAUGUUGAGAAAAUAUGAUGUUCCGUUUGAAUGGUGUAAAUGUAAGAACUUGCUAAUGUCCACCUCAUUCCCUAUGAGAAGCAGUCUUUCAGGACAGGUCUGUUAGA